AUGAAUAGUCAAGUAAAGGAUCUGAUUGAAGAUCCUUCAGUUAUAAAUUAUAAGGAAUGGUGGCUCCUUAGCGAAGACGAGGAAGAAAGUAUAUUGCUAGCUAUAUUUUCUUUUUAUGACAUUGGCGAUGUUCCUAGUGAUUAUUUGAAUCGAAUGAAUAGUUCACAAGUUAAUAAACUCCAAUUACUCUCUUUGAUAAGUUUAUGUGAAACGUCUAGUGAAAUAACGUAUGACGAUGUCAAGCGUAAAUGCAAUGUCACGAGUGAUGAUAGUGUAGAGAAUUUACUUAUACGAGCCGAACAGUUUAUAGACUUGAAAAUCGAUAGUGUCAAACGAAAUAUUACAAUCAAUAAGCAUAAGGCAAGUAGGGAUAUAUAUUGCGGUGAACCUAAUAUCCCAUUUCAUUCUCCUUCUCGAAGUAAAGCACAUCUGUUAAGCAUGUUAAAGAAAUGGAGAGAUGAUAUAUCAGAAUGA